AUGAACUUUUUACCACCGUCUUCUCUUUUUCUGGGCCUCUCCACCACCACGCCUCCUGUACGCAGGCCUCACAGAGAAAGUUGGACAGACACCUCAACAAAUGAAGGGACAGCGAGAGAACUUGAAGACGUCUGCACGCAUCAGCCAACGUCCUCUGCUGCCUCUCAUUCCCUCGUAAGAUCUGCAUCAGCAGCAGCAGGAGAAGCAGCAGCAGCAGCAGAAACAGCAGCAGCAAAUGACGACGAAGACGCUUCUCACCUUGCAGCAGAACCACGAAACAGCAACAGCGAAGUGAAUGAAGUUAUAAGUCAGACAGAACAACAGCAAAUGCAGCAGGACUCCCCCAGGCAGCUUCCUCGCAAAGCUUUUUCUUCCGUUCCCAACCUUAAGAGGGAAGACUUGCAAAUAGACACUCAUGAACAAGAGGCAGACAGCAGCAGCAGCAGCAGCAGCAGUAGUAGCAGCAGCAGCAGCAGCAGCAGUCGCAACGGCGAACCCCGUCGCACGUUCUCUGGGCCUUCAACUUCUGCACUGAGCGCAGCACCUUACGAGCGGCUGCUGCUGCAGCGGCAGCAGCAGCGACGUCUGCUGCAGCAGCAAAGUACGUUAAUGUCAUUCCCUUCUCUUUCUACUGCCUUCGGUAGCUUUGAGGCUCUGGGAAAUCUGCUGGUGCAGCAGCAGCAGCAGCAACAGCAGCAACAGCAGCAGCAGCAACGACAGCAGCAACGGCUGCGGGAGGGGCAGGAAGAUGGCUCUUCCUCCCCUGCUGCUGCUGCAGCCAGCAGCAGCAGCAGCAGCAGCAACAGUAGCAGCAGCAGCAGCAGCAGUAGCAGCAGCAGCAGCAGCAGCAGAAGCAGCAGCAACAACAAAAUGAGCCCUCAGUAUGGCGUCUCUUUGCCUCCUUCUCUACGUCUGCAGUUGCUGCAUGAAUUGUUAUGUACUUCUUCUUCUUCUCCUUCUCCUAGCAGCAGUUUAGGCCGCUGUGAACUUUGUUUGAAUUGCAGAGGGGUACCACCUGCAUAUCGUUGGCGGGCGUGGAAGGCGCUUGAAUUAUACAGACGUAGUAAAGAAGAAGAAGGAGAAGAAGAAUUAGAAUUAGGAGAAGAAGAAGAAGAAGAAAGAAGAAGAAGAAGAAGAAUAAUGUUAGAAGAAGAAGAAAAGAAGUUAUUAUUAUUCUUGUCUUCAUAUCCUUCCGAUUCUUUUUGUGUUUCUUCUUUUAUACGCGCCUAUCACGGUGGAUAUAUCUCUGCUAAUUUAUAUUCUUUUCUUUCUCAACAUAAAUCUAAUUACUCUAAUCUUAUUCUUAUUGACGUACCCCGAACAUUUCCUGAAAUUGCUGCUGUCGAUACAGACGCACAACAAAUGCUCUACCGCAUGCUG